GUAGAGUGGAGGAGUGAUGCUCAAAGAUGCUAAAAUUGAAGCAAUUCAUAUAUUCGCCAUCAGUCAGGCCACAUCGCCGACUCGCCGGAUCCCCGGUCGCUGAUAAAAGUUCCAGUUCCGUUCCGGUGAAAUCACUCAAACAAUCUCCUCAUCAAUCCAUUCACUACUUUCCCCUUCCCAUAUUGCCUACUCGCCGUCGCUUAAUCCACCGUUCCUUUUCUGUAUCAAUGGAAUCUUCCGGCGUUAGCAUGACGGCGCCGUCAGUCGUGAAGCUGAAACCUAUUGAAGCAACUGCAGAAACUUUUAAAGAGUUUGGUCAGGUAAUUGAGGCGUCUCCAGAUGGGGAAGAAUUCGGUCCUCGUGAUGCUCAGCUUGAUUUGAGCAAUGGGAUUCCUAGGUUUUACAUUAUGCAGCUUAAAGAUCAAUCCCUCAAAUUUUCUAAGAUAACACAUCAUGCCAAUGUCACUCAAUGUCUUGGAUCUAUUGGAGGCAAUGUUUGGUAUCUUGGAGUUGCUAAGCCAUCUAUUGUAGAUCCAACUGAUAUCAAGGGUGCUGUUGAUAUUGUUGUGCAGUCACAUUGUGGGCAUUUUUAUGUGCCUCCUGCUGUUGAUGAAGUGCAGGCUUUCAGAAUUUCAGGUCCAAAGUUUAUAAAACUGAGUCAUGGUACAUGGCAUGCUGGACCACUAUUUGCAGAUGAUAAGAUGGAUUUCUACAAUCUGGAGCUGAACAAUACGAAUGUGGUUGAUCACACAACUCAUAACUUCAUCAAGAAGAAUGGUGUGGUUUUUGUACUUGAUGAUUAGAAAAACAUCAUACCAAAAAAUUUGAUUGAUUGAGCUGUUUAAGUGCAUUUUGAUGUGGUUUCUUUAUACUGAAAUCAUGCUUUUGAUAUGGUUAUUAGCUAUUACCCUGUAUUUGCUAAAAG